CCGAAUACGGGUGGGAAACGUAUAACGCCCUGGUGAAGCGACGUCAGUGUUUGUGUGCGGUUCUCGGAAAGAUGGCGGAGGCUGCCGCGGUUCCUCCGCAUCGCUUUUUUUGUCACUGUUGUAAAGGCGAAGUGAGACCGAAACUCCCGGAGUAUAUCUGCCCCAGAUGUGACUCUGGAUUUAUUGAGGAGGUGCCCGAAGACUCCAGUCUUUUGGACAAUAAUACAAAUGGCCUUGAUGACACAGCGUCACAGUUUGCAGAGCUCUGGCAGCUUCUGUUUGUGGAGCGGCCGUUCACAGUGGAUUUGGACAGCCCCGACUCCGAGCCACGGGUUCCAGGGGGUGCUGUAGGAUUAGGUCUGGGAGGAGGACCAUUUGGUGGCUCUGUCCCUGGGGGCCUCAGCGGGACCCUCGGUGGCCCGUUAGGAGGGGGAGGAGAGCACUGGGGUCCCAGCCGUCCCCCUCGCCUGCACACACAGAGGAGAUACAGAUCCAGAGGAAGCAGUCGGCCGGAUCGUUCUCCUGCUGUAGAGGGAAUAGUACAACAGUUUCUUGCUGGCCUUUUUGCCAAUUCAGGUGCUCCAGGUUCACCUCCUCUCUCAUGGACAGGCAUGCUGCACUCAAAUCCUGGUGACUAUGCCUGGGGGCAGGGGGGUCUGGAUGCAGUCAUUACACAGUUACUGGGUCAGUUCGAGAACACAGGUCCUCCUCCUGCAGAGAAAGAGAAAAUCUCUUCCCUCCCCACAGUCAUUGUUUCUCAGGAACAGGCUGACAGCAGUUUGGAGUGUCCGGUGUGUAAAGAGGACUACACAGUCGGGGAGCCAGUCAGGCAGCUGCCCUGCAACCACUUCUUCCACAGUGACUGCAUUGUACCCUGGUUAGAACUGCAUGACACAUGUCCGGUAUGCAGGAAGAGUUUGAGUGGAGAGGACAGCAGCAAUCAGCCCCCCUCAGAGCCCUCUUCCGUAAACACGGAGCCCCGCACACAGGAAAGAUGGUCCUACUGAGAUGCCCACACACGCCUCUUUUCAUCUCCGCUGUUUCAGUCUAACUCUCAAUACAACAAACGCGUGAGGAUUUGCCAAUAUUCGGCAUUCCUUGUCUUAACGCCAGCCUCUCUCUCUCUCUCUCUCUCUCGUUAUCCAUUUUCAAUCUUACCACUUUCAUAUGGUCUACUAUGGCUUGUUUACCGUUUUACUUUUUAUCGCUCAACACUUCGUCUGUCGUGGCCUGUCUGUAGCCUCCUUUUCGUCUCUGCAUCGACACUUUGACCUUAAUUCCGAGGUGUUUGCACUUAACACCUCUCGUCCUGGCGUCUGCUUUCCCAGGCUACUGACUCUGAAGGCCGUCCAUGUUCCCAGUCAUCUUGUAGGCAUAACGCUAUUUGAGCCAUCCUCCUUUUAAAUGUGCAGUGUUAUGCACUACCCAUAAAGCUGAACUGCACACGCUACAAAGAGCCAACCGCUGUUCAGCCUAAUAGCCGUGGGGUUCGGUGGGUCCCCAAGGCUUAUUCUACUGAUUGGUUGCCCUUGACCUCUUUUCUCUCACCGCUUAGCGCGCCUGUUCAUUGGGUCACGUUGUCCUGUCCUGGUAGUCGUUUCCAGUCUCGGAGCUCUAUUCUUUCCUCUCCCUCUUGCCAUCUGUGCACUUCUCCCAGGUGUAAAUAUCACAGGCACACACGGUGUCCCUCUCAUCGUCCCCUUAUUGGCAUCACUCCUUUUCUUUUCUUUUUUUUUUUUUGUAAAUAAUUUUAGUUCAAGAAGCUCAUUCAAAGGAGAAAAAAAAAACAAAAGGAAAGGAAUACUGCAUAUAAAAUGGUGAAUCCCUAAAUAUUAAAAUAUAUAUUAUAUAAAUCAUGUGUUGUUAUUGUAUUGAUGAUGAUAAAACUGAAUAAAAAUCAGUUAACCUUGAUCUUGGUUAAAACAGGUUUACAUAAAAUUUUACAUGAUUCAUAUGUACAAAAGCCAAGGACACCAUUUGAUUUCAGCAUUUUAUUUAAUUGAAAUGCUUUGUUGGUCGCUUUGUCUACAGCAUCCAUAUACAAGUUUGUUUAUGUCUUUUUAUUUCCCCUGUCCUAACUUAUUGUAGUGCAUUUUAAUACUCAUUUAAUAGUAAUUUUCCAAGUUUUUAGCCUGAUAAAUUGCCAUUGGUUACACACAAGGUCGUUGUGCUUGUGUUUGAUCGAGAAGCAAUAGCAAUUAGCUGUGUUAACAACAAUGAGAUUCAUGUAAUGAAAGUCAGACAUGGUUUACAAAGGUUACUGUUGUUUGUAUUUGAACUGUAGCCUCUUGCAUUCCUCUGACUGAGCAGUCUGUUAUGGCAUAUGCAUUUUUUAAACGCAUCACUAGAUUCCUAGAACCAGUGCUGUCUUCUCAAGAUAAUGGCAGCCUUUACUGUCAAAACCUCAUGGAAUUGUUUCCAUCCAAUUAUGUACAUGUUGCUUCAAACUGUCAUCAAUUUAUCACAUUAAAAGCAGGUCAAGCACAUGUUGAAGUUUCAAGUCACUGUAAAUUCUGUUAAUGACCAAUUAUGCAUAUUAAAGCUUCUACAUCUCUUUUUCACACGUGGACAUAACACCUUUUUGGAAUUUUUUUUUUUUA